AUGUUUAUAUACCUGGCCAUCUUAUUGUUCAUUCUAGCAUUAUGCUGGUAUUUCCGCACACAGAUUCGGGAAGGUGCUUCAGAAUUAGCAAACAAAAUGAACCGCUUGUUGGGCUAUCAUUUGUUACCGACUAAUACUGGCUCAUUUGAAAGUGAUAUUGAAGAUGGAUUAACGAGCUCGCACUUUGAUUUACAUGCCAAUUUGGAUGAAGAAGACAGUAGAGCUGGAUUAAAGGACAAGGAGGAAAUUAUGAGAAUCAUGAGAAAGCAGAAUGUUUCGUUCGAUGAAGCUCGACUCAUUCGACAACAAAAGCUGUUGAAAAAGAAUAACAUUGACCCUGAAACUGGGUUGCCUUUGGACCCUAAAUUUGUUUCUUUCUGA